UUGAGAGAGGAUAUAUCUGACCCACCACCUAUGAACACGGACUCAUGUUUUUGUUAUAUGGUUUUGUUUUUUUAAUCUUAUUUGCUGUGUGAUUUCAUUUAAACGGAGCCACCCAUUCUUUUUUUUUUCUAGGGAAAUAUAUUCUUGUGGUGGGUGUUCAUUUAAUGAACUCAGAUUUUUUUUUUCUGCUACCGCCACUAGCUGUAACUAAAAUGGCCUGGAAUUAAAACUGCAGCCUUUGUCUUCAUCACAAAGGAGAGAGAUGAAGCAACAUAACAGAAAGUUAAGGUCAUUACCACGCUGAAGAGGAAAGAAGUUAAGAAACGCAACGUUUUGGCUGUAUAGCCAUCAUCAGGUGCCGCUGAAGAACAUGGGGCACUGCAGAUUUAAGACGCCCAACCUCAGCUGCUGAAAACAGAAGAGGGGAAAGCAGGGCUUAGCCCUGAACACAUUAGAGUAAGAAAAGAAAGUGGAGAGAGAGAACAGGAAGCCAAGGAAUGGCCAAUGCAAGUGAGAGCAGUGAGGGACCCAACCACCCCAUGGUGGCCAGUUCCUCUGCAGUUUCCACGUAUGUUAAGCUGGUUCUUCUUGGAUUGAUCAUUUGCAUCAGCCUGGUGGGUAACCUGGUGUUGUCCUUGCUAGUUCUCAAGGACCGAGCACUCCACAAAGCCCCUUAUUACUUCCUCUUGGACCUUUGUCUGGCAGAUACCAUCCGUUCAGCGGUCUGCUUUCCUUUUGUCCUUGUGUCCAUUAAAAAUGGCUCUGCUUGGACAUACAGUGUUCUUAGCUGCAAAAUUGUAGCCUUCAUGGCAGUCCUCUUUUGCUUUCAUGCUGCCUUCAUGCUGUUUUGCAUUAGUGUAACACGUUACAUGGCCAUUGCUCAUCAUCGUUUUUAUUCAAAGCGAAUGACCUUCUGGACUUGUGUAGCUGUAGUUUGCAUGGUUUGGACGCUGUCUGUGGCCAUGGCAUUUCCUCCUGUUUUUGAUGUUGGCACUUACAAGUUUAUCAGAGAAGAGGACCAGUGCAUUUUUGAGCAUCGCUAUUUCAAAGCCAACGACACUUUGGGUUUCAUGCUGAUGUUGGCCGUUCUAAUCCUGGCCACCCAUGUAGUUUAUAUGAAACUCCUGCUGUUUGAAUACAAACAUCGGAAAAUGAAGCCAGUCCAGAUGGUGCCUGCCAUCAGUCAGAACUGGACGUUCCAUGGGCCAGGAGCUACCGGGCAAGCAGCUGCCAACUGGAUAGCAGGUUUUGGACGGGGGCCCAUGCCUCCCACCUUGCUGGGUAUACGGCAGAAUGUCCACAACCAGAACCGACGACUUCUAGGAAUGGAUGAGUUUAAAGUGGAGAAAAGAUUGGGAAGAAUGUUUUAUGUGAUCACCUUGUUCUUUUUGGUUCUCUGGUCACCAUAUAUUGUGGCCUGUUAUUGGCGAGUUUUUGUUAAGGCCUGCACCAUACCCCACAGGUACCUCUCCACUGCAGUGUGGAUGAGCUUUGCCCAGGCCGGGGUCAAUCCUAUCAUCUGCUUCUUCCUCAAUAAAGACCUGAAGAAGGGACUUCUAGCUCACCUACCCUCCUGCUGUAGGACUAAACCGCAACUGCCCCGGGAGCCCUACUGCGUUAUGUGAGGGCUUGUGCAAGAGUGUAAGUGUGUAAUGAUGUGUGCAUACAGAUGUGUCAAAACUUAAGAAUAUUGCCCUCUCCAUCAAGAUCUCCAUCGAGAUGUUGUCCAUUAUUCCUUUGUUAGAAAGGUUGAGAACCAAUGUUAGGAACCUUUUUAUAAAAAGAAUGUCAGAUACUGAUAUCUUUAGAGCCUUAACAUUUAGGGUUGGCCAGACCAUAUUCUGACAUCUUUACUGAAGGGAUAGCAAGGGGUUUACUGAGAAGGAGCACAGGACCAAGUUAUUAUUAUUGGCAAGUCUGUUUAGUUAAUCCAACACUUUAACUAGUUGUGUUUUAAUACACAAGGUUUUAUACAUUUGCUAUCCUCUUCCAUUUUUUUGUCCUGUAAUAUGAAGAAAUAACCUGGCAAAAGCAAUCUGUUUGAAGGGGAUCUCUUCUAAUUUACAAUCUAUAAACAUGUUCAAAUCAGAAGAGAUGCUCCUCUUCGCGACUGUUUCUGCCUGUAGAACUAAAAGAGCUAUAUCAGUAUUGGCAAUCUAAGAUGCAAACAGUUGCAUGUUAAUUUAUUGCCCCAGCCUUCCACUGCAGUGUUUCUGUACCAUUAUAUAGCACUGACGUUCAGCAUUUGCUCUUACACAGUGGGCUAAGGCAGCUGCAUUGCUGCAGUAACACUGACGUCCCACCCUGGCCUGAUUUGCACAGUUAAAAUCCAUUUGUCUUGUGUUUAAGACUAGUGGACACAGAUUCUUAAUACGAGUUUUCAUUGCCUACUUACAUGUUUGUUUUGAGUGAGCCUGCCAAUUUCUUAAAUCAUUCAUACCCCCAAAGUGCUUUUUUUUUUUAAAUAGUGGAUAAAGGUAAAAACUAUGUGAUAAAAAUCAGAUAUUUCCAGCCCCUCAACAAAUAGUGCUGAAUUUGCCAUAAGGAUGAAAUUAAAAACCAGUAUUAGAAAUAUUUUGGAAGAACAAAUUAUAGAAGUGACAUGGAUUUGUUUUUAAAUUUUGAAUCUCUGAUAUUAUUUUCAGGUCCAGUCUCUGUCUGAAACUUUGAUUGUAUUAGAAGCAUAUCGGUCCACAGGUGUUGGAGGGUUUCAUUGUCUAAACAGGAUAAAAUUCUCUUCUCUUGCAAUGCCUACAGCAGUAAAUAGUGUGACAGAGUCUACAUGGAGUUUUAUUCAUAGUAAUUUUUUCCUAAACUGCUAUUGCUGCAAGGAGAAAUAUGCAGCUUUAAAAUAAGCCACACGAAAGCAAGAGGAAAACAGUAGUUGUGACAUUUACUACAUGGGUGUUUUUUAUCAGAUACUGAGACAUCAGGAAUUGGUUUGUUGCCUGACAAGUUCGACAAGAAGUGGCCAUAAAGUGUUGUUUGAAAGUGUAUUCAGUCCCUGCCAGCUACAAAGUACUCAGCUGGACCCUCAAAAUCGCAGUAAUGGUGGGUGUCCCCAAAGCGAAAACAAGCUAAUGUGGUGUGAGAUUCACCAUUGCUUGUGUUUCAGGCUUCAUAGUCUUAUUUAUUUAUAAAUGUAUACAUUUAUGUAUCUAUUGCCCUUCAUAUUUAUUUAUUUGUUUGUUCGCUAUAAUAGAUUUGUGAGGGAGGCUUAUACACUCAGUACGAAAUUGCAGGGAAAUAAAUGUGUGGUGUGCCAAAGAAAAAUAAGUAGAUAUUGUUUAGAGCAAAAAACAAAACUAGAGUAAUUUUAAACUUGUACUCAGCCCAACAGCAUUUAUUUGAUAAAUGAAAUCCAUAUAUAUAUAUAGAGAGAGAGAGAGAGAAGAUAAACUCCAGUCGAAAGAGAUACUCGCUCAAAAGUAAAGCAGAACCCAAGCACCUGAGGUGGCACCGCACCAGCCAGUGUUAUGUGUGGAGUUCUAAAGGGUUCACUUUAUGUGUGUUUUUAAUACAAACUAUCUGUUCCCAUAUUCAUGGCAUAUCUAGAACUGGAUGUGCUUUUAAACAGUAGGGCUUUGGCUUUAUAGAUAGCGUUCAUCUCACUUUACACUUGCUUUAGAACAUAAUGCAAGAAGGCAGGUGUUCCAGUGACAUUUCAACAACACAAGUUCAUCUUGAAGUGUUACUGCAAAUUCAAGAAUUUAAGUGACAUGUAAAUAUAAAGAUAAGAGAGGCUGCAGUUAAACUUCCAACACUCUAGGAGGUCUGGCUCAACUGCGAGGUGUGGAAUUGUGCGGUGUAACACCAGUUUACAUGACUGCCAGUGCUGUAAGGUGAAGCACAGUAGCUCAGUUCAGUGGGCAAGUGUAUGACACUGCUAAGUGCAGAGUGCAAGUGGAUAGAAGUUUAGUGGCGUGGUUCAAGACAACAGUGACUGCAGAUCUGACACAGUCAAGUUUCACUUUCUCUAUGAAUGUCAAAAUAGAUCAUUUACUGCCAAGUGUAUAUAGUAUAUACAUUUUUAAAAUGUGUUAUUAUCUUUCUGUGGCCUGCUUAUUUAAAUAUUGAAAAAUGUAUAAUGGUUAUCAAUGGUUGGCAUAAUCACUAAAACUUUCACUAAGGCAAGAAUUUGCUGAAAAUAUAGCAAAUAAAUGAAUCCAGGAAUAUUUUAAUAUACCUCUUAGAGGAUCAUAUAGUAAAGGUCUUUCACACUCUCGCAUCGUUAGGUUCACAGAAGAGCAGUCUUGACAUCUACUGGAAACACAAGUACAGAUUCUAGUCUAAAUUAUGAAAACUUCUUUUCAUUUUAAACCCUUUAGACCAGAGUCUGCAUUGUGUAAUUACGUCUGAGUUUGUAGUGUCUUCCUUUAUAGACAAAACACAAAAGCUUUGGGCAUAUAUGAAAAACCACCUAUAUCAAAAGCACAAGUAAUGCCAGUAUUUAUACUGAAGAGAGGCUCAAAAACAAGGGAAGACUGUCCAUUCUGUCUGGCUCAUUUGGUUAGCUAAUGGCUAUUCCCAGUACAUCAUCCAGCUGUUUCUUUAGAUAAACCGCAGGUUCCACUUCAGCAGUGUAACUAAGUAGUUUUUCUCUUCCCGUAUUAAAAGACGAUGAGGUCCUUUACCAUUUUAAGUAGCAUAAUUAAUCUCGCUUGACCAAAACUUGAGUUCCUUUCUUUUUGCUCAAUAUCGUUUAUCCCGCUUAAGAUAUAAAAAUAUGCUUGCCAUAGCUACAGGAACAUACUGUAAUUAUAAUAAGCAGACAUCAACAUGUGAGGCUUCCAAAGAGAGAAAUGUGAUUCAAAUAAAAAGUGUGACUUUAGAAGCAGGUUAUAUUACAUAAAUUACAACCCUUUUGAUAUUGUCUCAUUCUCCCUGAUGAAUGGCCUAUUACUUACUUUGCUACGAGUGAAAAAUUGGUAAAUUAUUUAUUUUUGCAGUUUUUUUACAUUUGAUGAUAACAUGAACCAAAUGAACAUUAUAAUCUCUGUUGAUAAGCAAGAAUUGAAAGCCUAGUUUAUAUUCAGAAAGAAUAAAAGCAAAGUAAAAUAAUCAUAAUGCCACUACUGCGGCACUAGCACAAGAAGCCCUCCCGUUACACGUCCUCAAAGUCUGGCCCCUUUGUCCUGCCACUUUCUCUGUGCUCAUCGCUACCAUUAGAACAACAUCUGUGAUUCAUGGCAGAUGCUCACUUGACAGAAGUAAACAGUGUUUAGACAUUUGUUAAGUGCAAGACAUUUCUGCUGGUAAUUUAUUAAUUUCUUUGUUACUUAAAAAUGGUAGAGGAUUUUAAAAACUUUCAAAACAGAUGUAAUAGAUAUUUUUUAUUUCCAACCACUUUCAUUUGAAGUGUCUUUCUGAAAAAACAUGACCUUUUUUUACAAUAAAAGUAAAAUGAAAACAGUAAAAGAAAUAACUAAAAACCCUGUAAAAUUAUUAAGCCAGGGCAGACAUUCAGUUUAAUGCAACUUUAUUUGUAACAUUUUGCUACAGUUUCAGCAUCACUUCCAAAGCAGAAAAGGCAAACAUAUCAGCUCAGUUGGGGUCUGACAUUUCAGGAUUACAACAACAACAACAGUUUAUUUCUUGUAUAGCCCAAAAUCACACAAGGAAUGCCUCAAUGGUAUUUAGGUCCCAUUUUUUUUUUUUUGCUAGCCCCCAAGCCUUGACUUUCAAAUAAGACAAGAACCAGAAAAACCUUGAAGCGAAAAAAAUGGAAGACAUCUUGAGAAAGGCAAUUCAGAGAGAGACCCCCUUUCAAGUAGGUUAGGCAUGCAAUGAGUGUCAAAAAAUGGGAUAAAUAAAAUUCACAAAACAGAACACAAGUAAUCCUCUUCAUGUUUUCUUCCUCUUAGGAUGUAAAGUUCCAUAUUUGAUUGUGACCAGUUCAUUUGUAUAUGUGUUAACACAUGUCACCAACAAACAGACGCGCGCACACACACACCCCAUAGUGGAAGUGGGCAAAUAUCGUUCAGGAAUACCUAAAAUAUGAAUGUUUACAUUAUGAGCCCAUCCAAAUGUUCUAGCUGUAGAUUGGCAGAUAAAGUGAAAGGGCUCCCUAGAUUAAAAUAUUUUUGGGCAGUAAUGGGAUGAAGAGAAGUAUAGGAUAUUAGAACAUUUCAUUAAGACUUGACAUUUCGUGUCCAAUUUCUGUGUUUGGACAUAUUACUAUCCUUGGCUAUAAUAGUUUUUCCAUGUUCCCUUAAGCACUUUAUGCUAGAUGAGCCUUAGUGUCGAGUAAAGUGAGACGCUUUCAUUUCUACACCAUAAAACAUCAAUAUUCUUUUUGGAAGCUGCCCAAGCAUUUGUGUUCAUUACCUGAUUUGUGACAAAAAACAUUUGUUCAUAUAGAUACCUGGACCUAGUUACUAAGCAAUGAAGUAGAUACUAUCCCCUUAGGGACCUUCACAUCUGAACACAUUAUUUUGUAAGCACUAUAGGACAUUGACAAUGUUAGACAACUUAGCUUGAAUUUGUGAAAACCUUUUCUUGUAUUACUACUUUUUGUGGACUAUUUGUAUCUCUCCAAAGCAAAAUUUGAGAUCUGACUUCCAAAUGUUUCAACUUCCCUCAGUGUUAUGGACGUAACUUAUUAAACCUUUAUGUAUGUACACACGGACCAGCAUGUUCAGGGCUAUAAAAAUAAAUUUAAAAAAUUGAAAUUACAGUCCACCACGUUCUAGAAUAGAUUAUGACUUUUUCUCUAGAUGUUGUUUCAACUUGAACAGUUAACACAUGCAUCUCUUAUGUUGUGUCCAUUACUACUUUACUUAAACAAGCUUGUCACAUUGAAUGAAACAUUCAGUAAUUAUAUAAAUAUUAGCUGUGCUACCCGACGGGUUUAAGUUAGUGUAACCCUUAGUGUUAACGUUUGCAGCGCACCAUGCAAUGUCCAUGUCUCUGUUGUAUGCCAUUUGGUAUGGAAUUUGUAAAAGCCGUCUUACUCUUUGUGAUGCACCAUUUACUGGAAUGACAAACGUAAUG